CCUGGCACCUUGCUAUGCAUUCUACCACUUCAGCAAUGCCUCUGGUUCUUUUUUGGUUUAUUUUUCGGGUGUGUGGGGGGAAAGGGGGAGGAAGUUCAGACAGUGAUCUUUCCACCUAUGGCCUCCACUGUAGCCACAACCACCACACUUGGGUUAUUGAGAUGGGGGCCUUGAUACUUGCUUCCAACCAUGAUUCUUGUGAUCUCUGCUCCUGAGUAGCUAGGAUUACAAACAUAAGCCAUUACACUACUAAGUAUCUACUUUUCCUAAUAACAUCUAAAAUUGCAUAUUAGAGUAAAAGUAAAAUUCUAAAUACCUUAAAAGGAACACAGACCCUUUCACACCAAGACAUCCUGUUACCUGCUAGUCAAGAACUUUUAGGAAUAAGCACAUGUGCUUUAAGGGAAAAGUCUACUGCCUCCUUCAGAAUUAUUUUUUUUAAUUUAAAAUAAAGCCCUCCAGAGAAGAACACAAGAUGCUGGUUUAAACCAACAAAGAUGGUAACUUCUAGGUAAUUUAAGAGCAAACUUGGCUCAUUAGAACACGGUCCGCCAUUUUUAAGCACUGAGAAGCAGGAGCCGGGACAAGGCUUCUGCAGGAAAUGUGCCCGCCUAUACUUGGCAGUCUCUCCAGUGUGGAUACGCUUAAGUCUCCCCGAUAAAAGUCCUUUGCGUUCUUUGUUGGGAGAGACACUGCUUUAAGAGUCAUCCCUAUGCUCUCCUUACCUGCGACGUGUAAUAACCCAUCUUGAGCCUCUAAGCUCCUACUUGUGCUUAUUAGUUCCGCACUCACAAGGUGGCAGGCCCAUUGUUCGGUUACAGUCCUUUCUGUUCGCCAGUAAAAUCCUUAAUACAAGCUUUGAAAAACGAUAAAGAAACAAUUUCGUGUAAGGAUUUCCUAUUGGACUCCCAGAAUUUCGUCUUAAUGAGGUUGGAUACAGAAUAGGAACUUAAUAGCCUUUGAAAUCAUUUAGCCAGGCUGCUCAUGAUGAUGGGAGGUAGGUUUUCCACUGUCACUUCUGAGUCAAAAGAAGGAUUACUACAGAGCUGCCGCAUUUCACAUUGCUACAGGCCACCUGCCCACGUGGCUCUCAGAACCGGACCUCCAGGACCGCCUCGCAAGGCUGACAUUCGAGGCAGCUCCAGGAAAAUCGGGCUGGGAGGUCGAGGAAGAAUCGGACUGAAGGCUCCUCCGAGUCUGCGAAAAGUUACCGCCCACCAGGGGCGUCUCCACAGCCCCCUACUCAGCUUGGGACACCCCCAGGGUCCUGUACUGGCCGCGCGGAGACCUUUCCUCCACCCGGGACUCUGAUUAGAGAGGGCGACAGUCCCAGACCUUUUAGCACAACUAAACACCACUCAGGAUUCUCACAGCACCUAGCCACGCCUCUCCGCCGGGCAGGGUGCGGGUGGCCCGAAAUGGCGGCGGCGCGGGGGUCUGACGGUCACUUUCCGAGGCGCCCUUGACGGGUCCUCACCGUUGUGCUACCUACCUUGCUACCAGGCGCCCCGGCGAGUAUAGGCGGGAGGGAGUGAUGACGAACACUCGGUGCCUCCAAUGAGCGCUCAGGUGCCCGGACUGCGCCCAAUCAGAAUCCGGGCAGCGAAGACUGGGGUAGGCUGCGUGCGGUCGGCGCGGAACGCUCCGGACCUUGCCUGCUGUGGGCCUGGGCCGCCUGCCUGCGUGCUUCCCGCGCGCUCGGCACCACGGCCCCCGGCGCCCGCCGGCCACUCAGAGGACCGAGGGGGCCGAGUCCAGGAGCAUCUCGUGCAGCAGCGCUGUCCCCCAAGAGGACUUUUCAUCAGCGGUUGCUGCAGAGAGAUAUGAGGGGCGGCUCCUAGCUUAAAGGAGCGUGAGACAGGCUCGGGGUUGGCCAGUUAGGGGAACUCCCCGGACGGCCGCCUGCGUCCUCCCGGGCCGGUUCCUUCCUCCCCGACGGAGACCCGCCGGGGGCGGGUGCGCGGCGACUGCAUGUUCCCGCGGAGGCCUCCGGCCGCCUUGGCCGCCUGGCUGGCAGGGGCGCGGGGCGGAGGCCUGCUGUCCCUGCUGGCCAAUCAGUGCCGCUUCGUGACGGGCCUGCGCGUGCGGCGUGCACACCAGAUCGCGCAGCUCUACGGCCGUCUCUACUCGGAGAGCUCGCGCCGUGUCCUGCUUGGACGCUUCUGGCGCCGGCUGCGCGGCCGCCCUGGCCAUGCCUCUGCCUUGAUGGCGGCGCUCGCUGGUGUCUUCGUGUGGGAUGAGGAGAGGAUCCAGGAGGAGGAGUUGCAGAGAUCCAUUAAUGAGAUGAAACGGCUGGAGGAAAUGUCAAAUUUAUUUCAGAGUUCUGGAGUCGAGUGUCACCCUCCAGAACCAAAAUCCCAAACAGAAGGGAAUGAAGAUUUGAAAGACAAAGAGGAACCAUGGGAAAUGGUAAUGGAUAAGAAGCACUUUAAGCUGUGGCGGCGCCCAAUUACAGGCACCCACCUUUAUCAGUACCGAGUUUUUGGAACCUACACAGAUGUGACACCCCGGCAGUUCUUCAAUGUUCAGCUGGACACAGAGUAUAGAAAAAAGUGGGAUGCCCUGGUGAUCAAGCUGGAGGUGAUUGAGAGGGACGUGGUUAGUGGUUCUGAGGUUCUCCACUGGGUAACCCAUUUUCCUUAUCCAAUGUACUCAAGGGAUUAUGUUUAUGUACGGCGGUAUAGUGUGGACCAGGAAAACAACGUGAUGGUGUUGGUGUCACGUGCUGUAGAGCACCCCAGUGUGCCAGAGUCUCCGGAAUUUGUCAGGGUCAGAUCCUAUGAAUCCCAAAUGGUUAUCCGUCCCCACAAGUCAUUUGAUGAGAAUGGCUUUGACUACUUGCUGACAUACAGUGAUAAUCCCCAGACUGUGUUUCCUCGCUAUUGUGUCAGUUGGAUGGUUUCCAGUGGCAUGCCAGAUUUCCUGGAGAAGCUUCACACAGCUACUCUGAAAGCCAAGAACAUGGAGAUCAAAGUGAAGGACUACAUCUCAGCUAAGCCUUUGGAAAUGAGCAGUGAGGCCAAGACCACUCCCCAGUCCUCUGAGCGAAAGACGGAGGGGAGUUGUGGCCCUGCUCGGAUUGAGUAUGCAUGAAGGGCUGUGUUGUAAGAAGAGACAGGCGCUUCUAACCCUGUCUCGGUCCCUUAUCACUCUGCUACAGAAUGGGGACAAGCCACGUGUAUUAGAAGGCAUCUGCUAUAACCACCAAUGCAAGAUAAUUCACUAACUGGAGUCUUGAUUUCAUUCAGAGCCCUUUUUGCUCUUUAUCAGAGAGAAGUCAGCAUUGUGGAGACAUCAUAUUCUCAGGCCAACCAUCUUGAAAUUCAGUAUUUCACUGAGCUAAUCUGGAACAAACUACUAACCUUAGACCAGAAGAGGAUGUCUUCCAUUUGCUUCUGAGUGAUUUCCUCGAUGACAUUCCAGAUCCCAGCAUCGGUUAUGCAGUGCUUUGGAUUUCCUUCCAUUGUGCAGGUCACCUGAAAUGUGUGGUUGGCUGGUCAUUUCUCAAUGAGGGGUCACUGGGAGUACUCUUGGUAAUAGUCUAGUGUGAUUGGGUGUGAACGAUACUGUGUUAAGUGCCUUGUCCUUACCUUACUUUUAUCUUUAGGGACAUGAAGUUUGUACCAAGAAAUGUCUCCCCUUUCAGAAUACCACCCAUCGACUCACCUUACUCAAAACACUUUUCAUUUGAAUCGGCUGGUUCUGUGUUCAUGCACUGUUUUCAUUGCAUCAUUGCAUCUGUGCUAGCCUUAUCCUGUUAGCCAAGAACACUGGAGAUGAGCCUGUCUAGACACUAGCUUUCUGUAUCACCAGUGUUUUGACAGGGUCAGUGGCAUUGCACAAAAUAAUACAUUUAAAUUGUUUUUACUUUUUUUUUAAGCCUUUGUAUCAAAAUGAAGUGCAGGAGUUGAGCACAAUUUCUCCAGAGUGCUACUGGCUAGAAAAUACUGUGUUUUGGUUCAGGCAUUAUUUUCCCCACUGCAUGUUUGACUUGCUCUCUAAGGAGGCUAAAGGCAGAGGAAUGGGGGCUGGGCCACCCCCUCGGGGCUCUCAGAACUCUAGGCAAACUGUGUGAACGAAUAGAUAUAAUCGUACCCCAAAUAUAAUAUAGUGAGGAUGUGGUUCCUCUAAAAAGUGUUUCCCCUCUCUCCAGAGCUGAAACAAAAGCAAACCACACUGCUGGGAUAAGGUCACAAGUGAUGAUACUGGCUUGGCCUCUGAUUUUGCUUAUGGUCACAUUGUGGUCUGUUGGGAGAAUAGGGAUCAAGUUUUAAAUCCUCCCUUCCUUUUUUUCUGGCGUUCAAAUGACUGAAUUUUCCUUUUUUUUUUUUUUUUCCUGCUUGCUACCCUGUUGUGGUAUUGAAAAAGGAAUCUAAACCUGAGACUAACUUAAACCCCUCCUUGACCUUCUUGUUGCCUGUUCAGUUUUGUGCCAAGGGAAGUGUUUCAUGUCUUCGAGUCGUUGGCAGAGCAGAGAGAUGCAUUGAACAGUCUCAGCAUCUUUUCAUUUUCUCUCUUCUCCCCAGGGCCGGACAGAAGCCAGGGAAGAAUUCUUGGCUUAGUGCCUGUGAUUGUGAAACAGAUGUGUGCGUGUGUGUGUGUGCGUGUGUGCGCAUGGGUGCUAAGCACUUGUGAUUGCCCCAUGUUCUGACUUACAGUGAUUUGACUCUGUACAGUUACUUAUGUCAUUGUAAUGAUUUUGCUCUUAACUGUGACUUUUUAUCAAAUGCGUGAAUAAAUACAUAAAGAUUGGUAUAAAAGAGUGUUUGUCUUGAGCAGAUGGUGGUCGGGAAAUUUUGUGUGUUGGGCUUAUCAUUUCAUCUUGAUUACAGAGUUGAAAGGAGCUACUACCCAAGAGCUGCCAUGGAAAAGUGUCAGGGCUUGUUCUUUCUCAGUAGCUUGUGGUUAAUACAAAGCUAGCCACCUUGUCUAGACUAGACAUUUUCCAGGUGACCAGCUUGGCAAAUGAAAAUAACAUCAUCUGUUUCUAUUCCAGUGUCUUGAUCUACUAACUCAUACAUACCCUCUGUGGAGGGAACAGACCUAGAGCUUUCAGUAAUAAAACUCAGUAGGGACUUGAGCAAGCACCAGGUCUCAGUUGAGUUGAGGAAGGUUAUCUAGUAUCUCUGGCUGACAGGCCAGGUGGAAGGUGGGUUGAUUUACAGGGAGUGAGUUCUGUUGGAACCCAAAUUUGUUCAGGAGGAUUAUUCAAGAGCGAUUUGAGCAUAGCAUGAAUUUGGGGUUUGUGUGUGAUAUUUGCCCAUGGGAAACACUAGGUAGACAAACAGAUAAGCAUACCUGCCUGAAUGGAGCUGCAUAGGCACACAUGAGACACAUGGGCCCACGCUUCCUCCAUCUGGCUGACCUGGUCUCAUCUCACAGUCACAAACUGAAGCUCUCCAGUGGCCACGGUCCCUGUGCUUAACAUCCCUUCUCUCCUUUCAGCUUCACUUAUCUUUUACCUCCCUUCUCUACCCUUCACUACCUUACCUCUCCUGUUCUCUUCCUCUGCAUGGAGUG